AACCCAUCUGACCCAGUCUGUCCUCUCUUGCGGCUUUUUAUGCUCGUCAACCGGUAUCAUCCGACACCAGUCGAGAGGAAGUUUUUCUCGCGGCAGCAGAGCGGUGAACGGCGGCGGUGAUGGAGACCCUCCCCUGUGAUUUUCGGGAGGGGAUGGAGACCCUCCCCUGCGAGAUUCGUGAGGCGAUUGAGGUACUAGACAAGGAUAAGGCCGAGCGGAUCCAGGAGAUUGCGGAGAAGCAGGCGAUCGAGAUGAUCCAAUGGUACUAUGAUAAGCUGAAGGAGAAGGAACCGGAUUCUUAUCAAGACUCGUCUGAUUAUGAAGACUCGUCAUCGUCUGAUGACGAAGACUCGUGUGAGUUUGAUGAAGAUAGGUGUCGCCGUGACUGGAACCGUCUAUAUGCCGGCGUGUUCGGCUCCUUCGAUGAUUUCAAGUCUAUCCCAGCCAUGCGUUACACGGACAAACCUGCGCCUCCCAACUCCGCCUGGGAGGAUGAUACUCUCCAGAUCUUUUCAAUCGAAGUCAUGGGAAGAGAACAACAAAAAUUAGAGUGGCCGCUAGAUGUGUUCGGUAUGGUUGCUGCGCGCGACUCGCUGGAUCACAAUCGCAACAUUAUCUUCAGUCGUGAACGGGACAAUUGUCAGACCAUCAGUGAGGAGAGUCCCUAUCUAGAACUCACAGGCCCUACACGUGCUGUUGUGGUGUCGGAUCGUGCGGACUUUGAGGUUAAGCUGAAAGUGAAGGGCGCUAGUGAAUCCGAGGAUGAAUAUUUAAGCUGUGUAUCUAUUCCCUACAAUUGCUAUUCCAGACCCACUCACUCACGCUUGGUUGAGAAGCUUGAGACUAGCAGGCUCACCACACUCAAGUUGACACUUGGCUUCAUCGUCGACUCUGUGGAGGCCACGAUCAGCGUGAGGGUUAUCAGUGGAUCAUGGCCAGAGAGUUCUCGAAGUUUAUUUACUGCCAGUACCGCCAGCAUAGAUCACAUGAAAGUCACGUUGCUCGAUUUCGAAGGCGACGGAUUGCCUGUUGCCGCUGAUGGCAAUGUUCAACUUUCACGCCGUGUUGCUUCUGUCGAGCUUGCUGGUGAACUAAGAGUCUCCGCUGAGGCACAGUGUGAAGAUGAGACUUUGGCUGAUGUCAAAGUUUUUACACCAAGGAAGGCCAGUAGAAGCCAUGGUAUCCUCAACGUUGGCUCCUGUAAGAUGAAAGUCACGGUUGCCUGGUCUCUUUUCGACUGCGGUCCAUUUGGGUGAUGCUAUGCUUUUGUGAGCUGUGCUGCAGUAGUGCCAUGGUUGUUGCUCACUUAUCCUGUUAAAUAUGCUCGUAGUGGUAAUUUGCAUAUAUGAACUAAUGAUGAUACUCGACAAAGAUAUUGUUUUCAUUAUCUCGUUGUGUAGUCCUGUUUGGUGAAUCCUACCA